AUGGAGCCCCCAUCAUUUGCUGGUUCCCCCUCAGAAACUCGAAAGUUUCCUGAAUCGAGCUCCGUGGGAAAUCCCUUGACACCACCUUUAUCUCCAGUACGGUCGGCUCCCAGAGUUUCUGACGUGGAGAGCUCGUUAUCAACGGCCAAUAUUCCAGUUGACGAUCCAUUUGGUCUGAGGACUGCUUUACGAGACCCAGACGACGUGGCUGCUCUGCGUAAGCGGUGGAACUCGCGCAAACAACGUCACAUAGGGAAGUUUUACGAGACCCAGAAUGAGAAGAUUGAUGCAUUGUUGAAGAGUCUGGAGAAUCACGCUCAGGAAGGAAGAGAUGACACGAGGGAUAGCGCACUGAAGGCAUGUAUCUGCGUCACAUAUUCAGUCUCCGAUCCCCUCGCGAACUUGCUCUUGAACCAGCUCCAUCGCAAGUCGAAGCGUGUGGACUUUUAUAAAUACCCCGGUGGUGGCGCUCGUUUAACGACUGUCGGCAAUAUCGCGUAUGCAUUCUCCAUGCUUUCCGUCAGCGUUCUCCUCGUUGCUUUCUCUGUCCAAAACCUCGUAACCCAUAAGAAAGGGGAAACUCUAGGCUUCCAUGUCCAUUCAGUCAUUGCUGUCGGCGUCGCUUUUGUCACGAAAGUGUUCCUUUUUCUGUACUGCUUCUCGAUCCGCAACUCGAGCUCGCAGGUUCAGGUACUAUGGGAGGAUCAUCGGAAUGAUCUCUUAAUCAAUGGGUUUGGUAUUCUCACAAGUAGUGCCGGUGCCAAGCUUAGGUGGUGGAUUGAUCCUAUGGGCGCCAUUAUUAUUUCAUGUGUCAUUAUCACUUCGUGGACACGCACAUCAUACAUCCAAUUCGGCUAUCUCGCUGGAAAGGCCGCUCCUCAUGAAUUUACCCAACUGGUCAUCUAUAAGACGCUCACGUUCAGUGACGAGAUUAAGCAGAUUGACUCUUGUAGGGCAUAUCACAGUGGAGAGAUCGUUAUGCCAAGCGACACACCUCUGUGGAAAUCGCAUGACCUGAGUCAGGAUCUCCAAGAUAAACUGGAGACACUGCCGAUGGUUGAACGAGCAUUUGUCCACGUCGACCAUGAAGUGUCACACAAACCUGAACAUCGCAAAUACAUCUGA